CAAGCACUGUGAGAGAAAAUUGACCUACGUUUAUCUCUUGUUAAGGGCGACCAUAGUGUUUUCACUGCCGUUAUUAGUUAUUUAGUUUGUUUUGUUUCAUAAUGGAUGAAGAAUACGAUGCAAUCGUCUUGGGAACUGGACUUAAAGAAUGUAUUCUCAGUGGAAUGUUAUCAGUCUCCGGUAAGAAAGUAUUACACAUUGACCGCAACCAAUAUUAUGGAGGUGAGUGCGCUUCCAUUACUCCCUUGGAAGAAUUAUUCUCCAGGUUUGGAGCUCCUCCUCCUGAUGAAGCAUAUGGAAGAGGAAGAGAUUGGAAUGUUGAUCUAAUUCCUAAAUUUCUAAUGGCCCAUGGGCUCUUAGUGAAGUUGCUUAUUCACACAGGAGUCACUAAAUAUUUAGAAUUCAAGUCAGUUGAAGGAAGCUAUGUUUACAAAGGUGGUAAAAUUUCUAAGGUUCCUGUUGACCAGAAAGAAGCCCUGGCAUCUGAUCUGAUGGGUAUGUUUGAAAAAAGGAGAUUUAGAAAUUUCCUUAUAUUUGUUCAGGAUAUUAAAGAAGAUGACCCAAAAACUUGGAAGGAUCUUGAUCCAUUUAAUACUACUACCCAACAACUUUAUACCAAAUUUGGUUUAGACAAAAAUACUCAGGAUUUUACUGGACAUGCCUUGGCUCUGUACAGAGACGACGAAUAUCUUAAUGACCCUGCAAUUCAAACUAUUAGAAAAAUCAAGCUGUAUAGCGAUUCUCUUGCUCGUUAUGGAAAAUCACCAUAUUUAUAUCCUAUGUAUGGAUUAGGUGAAUUGCCUCAAGGUUUUGCUCGAUUAAGUGCUAUCUAUGGAGGUACAUACAUGCUUGACAAACCAGUUGAUGAAAUUGUACUAGAACAUGGGCAUGUUAUCGGUAUUAGGUCUGGAGAAGAAAUUGCUCGUUGUAAGCAAGUUUAUUGCGACCCAUCGUAUGUUCCAGACAGAGUCAAAAAAACAGGACAAGUGAUAAGGUGUAUAUGUUUGAUGGAUCAUCCAAUUCCUAAUACUAAAGAUGCUUUGUCUACCCAGAUCAUUAUUCCUCAGAAACAAGUUAAUCGUAAAUCCGAUAUCUAUGUUUCCCAAGUUAGCUAUACCCAUCAAGUAGCUGCAAAGGGAUGGUUUAUAGCUAUGGUAUCUACUACUGUUGAAACUGACAACCCAGAACAGGAAAUAAAACCUGGACUUGAUUUGCUUGGACCUAUCAAAAAAACUUUUGUCACAAUAUCUGAUUACUUCGAGGCUACUGACUUAGGUUCUGAAAGUCAGAUUUUUAUAUCUGCUUCUUAUGAUGCAACCACACACUUCGAGACAACGUGUACUGAUGUAUUAGACAUAUUUAAAAGGGGCACUGGUGAAGAAUUUGAUUUUUCAAAAGUUAAGCAUGACCUGGGAGAUGAAGAGCAGUGAGAUAAAUUGUAAAAAGUCAUGGAUUUUUGGUCAUUCUCUGCUGGUUUGAUAUCACUAUUUCCUAUGUAAAAAGGUCCAUUUUGACUGGUGUAAUUUAAAAAAAGAAAAGAAAAAAUAAGGCUCAAAUCAAGCCAGACCUCUUGUGGCAUUAAUUUUUUGAUGGUUUAAUCGCAUUUGUUUUAGCAUAGUAAGUAAGAAUAGAAACUAUAAAUAUUUAUAUAUCAAUUCUUGCAUUGAAGUAUAUAUUUAGUAAUUCUAUAUUAUCAAAUUAACAGUUCCACUUCAAUUGUAUUAAUAUCAAUUUAAUUUUAAAAGAAAAUAAUUAAAUUUUAACCAACUGCUUAAUGAAAUAGUUUGCUGAUUUACAUGGGCUUUUGUAUGUUUUAAUGUAAUUAUUGGACAAUAUAUAUUAUUUUCUUAUAUAUUUGAGCAUUAUAUAGUUUCUUUCCUACAAGGUUUAUUGCUAUUAAAAAUAUUGGCAUGUAUAUGUUGCCUAAUUAUUUUAUAUAUUAGUUUUGAUUAUAAUCAUUAACUAUUAGAUAUUUAUACUGAUGCUGAUUCUUUAACAUUAUCUAUGUCACUUUAAACAUAUCAAUACUCUUCAUUUAUUUUCUAUUCUUCAUCUCUUUAUUGAUAUAAAUAUGCCAAUGAUUAAUGUUAAUAUUCUUUUUAUAAUAUUAUUUACAAGUAUGCGUUUUGUUGAGUUAGUUUCUUAUUGAAAAAAUGUGCAAUCCUUAUAAUUGAAGAUACUGUUGUGUAAAUGUAUUGUAUAUAAUGGAUAUAUACCAUGUCUGUCAUAAUUGAUAAGCAAAAUUUUAUUUACUUGCCUAGGCUGUGGAAUACUUUGCUUGAAAAUCUUAGUUAAAGAUAUUAAAUACCAUUCCUUUUUUUUUAUAUCAUUGUCAUGGUUGUUUUGAAUCACAUUAAAGCAACUAAUAUAUAAAUAUAUUUUUUUUUUUUAAUUUUCACUAGUUUUUCCAAUCUUGAUUAAUAUACUUAUCGCUUUCAGCCAGGCCUGAAUAUUUAAAAACUUAUGGAAAUAAUGUUCCGUCUUGUAAUUUUUGAGCUCUAAAAAUAUAUAACUUCUUUAAGUAGUUGUUGAUGUGAUUCUAAAUAAAACAUUUUUUAAUAUCAAGUUCAAAUGUUCAUCCAAAACUGCACCACUAAGUUGUAUUACAAAUAUUUUUGUACUGAAUAUUAUAUUUUAUGAAAAUAUUCUUGUUUUAAACUACACAGUAAAUUAUUGAAUGUGUUACACUUAUGUUGUAUUUAUAACCUCAUGAUUAUAGGUUAUUCAAAAAUAUAGUUAUAUCUUUUUUUUUAUUUUGGCUUGCAGCUUUAUUACUUAUUGCUUUGAUUCGAUCUAGUGGUGUAUGUGAACAUAAUGAGAAUUGUGAUUAUAUUGUUUUGUUUUUAUUAUUAAAAUAUAAAUCACUGAGUUAGUU